UUUGAGGGGUUUCAAGGCCAAAACAAGGUGGGAGGUGUGCAGGUAGAGGAAUCUCUUAGGAUGAAGCUGAGUCUUACCAAGGUAGUUGAUGGCUGUCGCCUAGGAAAAAUAAAAAACCUGGGCAAAACAGGGGACCACACCAUGGACAUUCCAGCCUGCCUUCUGUACACCAAGACCGGCUCUGCCCCACACCUGACCCAUCAGACACUGCAUACUAUCCACAGGCUUCCUGCCAUGGCUCAGCUUACGCUGUCCUCGUUGGCAGAACACCAUGAAAUCUUGGCAGACUAUAAGGAAGGAAUUGGAAAGUUUAUAGGCAUGCCAGAAUCACUCUUGUACUGUUCCCUGCAUGAUCCAGUGAGCCCCUGCCCAGCCGGUUAUGUAACAAACAAGUCUGUGUCCGUGUGGGGUCUUGGGGGACGAGUGGAAAUGACUGCUUCCAAGUUCAUGGCAAUUCAGCAGACCCUUCAGCCAGACUGGUUCCAGUGUCUGUCAGAUGGAGAGGCAUCUUGCGAGGAAGCAACUUCCAUAAAAAGAGCCAGGAAGUCUGUUGAUCGAUCGCUUCUGUUCCUGGAUAAUUGUCUACGGCUACAGAAAGAGUCAGAGGUCCUUCAGAAAAGUACCAUCAUUGGAGUGAUUGAAGGUGGAGACGUGAUGGAGGAGAGGCUGAGGUCAGCACGGGAGACCGCCAAGCGGCCCGUAGGUGGCUUCCUUCUGGAUGGCUUUCAAGGGAAUCCAGCAACCCUGGAAACUAGACUGUACUUGUUGUCAUCAGUCACCGCAGAGCUGCCAGAAGACAAACCAAGGCUCAUCUGUGGAAUCAGCCGGCCAGAUGAGGUCCUCGAGUGUAUUGAAAGGGGAGUGGACUUAUUUGAGAGUUUUUUCCCUUAUCAAGUGACAGAGCGGGGAUGUGCCCUGACUUUCAGCUUUGAUUACCAGCCGAACCCUGAAGAGACACUAUUACAACAAAAUGGGACACAGGAAGAAAUAAAAUAUGUGGAUCAAACAAAGAAAAUUAAAACAACCAGUUGCAACCAAGAAAUGACAUCAUUUGAAAUUAAUCUGAAGGAAAAAAAGUACCAGGAGGACUUUGAUCCACUUGUGAGAGGGUGUUCCUGUUACUGCUGUAAGAAUCAUACUCGUGCAUACAUCCACCAUCUGCUGGUGACCAACGAGCUGUUGGCUGGGGUCCUGCUUAUGAUGCACAACUUUGAACACUAUUUUGGAUUUUUCCACUCCAUCCGGGAAGCACUAAAAAGCGACAGACUGUCACAGUUGAAAGAGCUCAUCUGCAGGCAAGCAUCUUGAGACCUGGCAUACGCAAGUCUGACUCUUUACACUGAGCCUGUCCCGCUGUUGGAAUGUGGGAAGAAGAGAACAAGAAAUGAUCUUAGCUUUAAUCAUUUAUAUUUGAGAAUAGGAUCUGCUUAUAAAUAAGGAAAGUUUGAACAAACUCUGCUGACUUGAGGCUAAAGAGAUUUCUUCCAAAGACUUAAGUGACCCCAAC